GCCGACUGGUCAGCAUGCGCCUCGGACUCCGAUCUGUCAAACAGGAGUAAGAAACGGCCCGGAUGUCCGCUUACAUUUAAACCUCAUGGACAGCCUUGCUUCAUCCCCUUUCUUCCUGUUUGGCAUUUCCUUCGACAUUCACGACAUUUGUACACUGGGAAUACGGGUUUGGAUGUUUCGCCAGUGGGAUAUAUUUAAUGCACCUCGGGAGCUGCCGCACAUGAUCCGAUGACAACUGUUCCUGUAUGACUCCGACGAAAUGGAUCCCGUAGUACCGCAGGACGAGUAUUUCGAGUGGGAAGACAUCGUGGCCUAUCAGCCCGUCCGGGAAAAUGGGGACGAGAACAACUUGCCGCAAUCGGAAUCUCUGGCAUCAUGCGUCCGAAAGAUAGAAAGCGUGGGGGUUCGCCAGGUCUCAGACGUCCCACCUCCUGGGAGUCAGAGACUAGCAAUGGCAACAUCUACGACCUUACACUCACCGCGAGCAUCUUUGACGCUGGAUACCAGUUCUCUGGGCAUCAACUCUACGGAAACAACACCGACGAGGAGCUCGCCCAUCAUUUUUCCGCCUUAUGCCGAAUUCAGUGAGGUUGGAGGCUCCUUCCUAAUUGAGAAUUGCGCAGCCGGAGCUGAGGAUUUCGAGAUUGUUCGGGAAACAAUGGAUGACAUCUCUCUUUGUCCUGAUCCAUCGAGGCAUGUUGAUUAUCUCUCACACCAUUGGAGUGAAGAGGAUAUUUGGACAACAUGGAAACGUCUUCAAUCGAAAGGACGGGCUCCCAAUGUGGCAGAGCGAUUAGAGAAUGCUACGUGGAGGGCGUGGGCGAAAGUUAGGUUAAAGUUGAAGACAGUAUCUCCAGAGAGCUUUAAUUGGAUGAAGGAUCUCGAUGACACUUGGCUAUACGGGCCCUUCCACAGCAGCAUCUCACGGACUACCACAUUUAAUAAAGACUACACAAAUAAUACCCACUCCCCCCACACCGCCCUCGCAGUCAAGAAAACAAGAUCAAUCCUAAAACGACCACGCCUCUCAGAAGUCCUCCUCCGAGGCUCAGAACAACUCAGGAAAUUCCGCUCCAAGAGCGUCGAGCUCGACUCCUGCCCAUUCUACGGCUCUCCCGCGAAAAAACGCGUCGAGUUCCGUGAAGACCUCGAAGAAUACGCUGCCAUUCAAACCUCCCACCAUGACGACGAAAGAAAAGACAAAAUCGGCCACUGGACCGAAACUUACGAAUCCAAUUUCUUGUACGAGUCGAAUGAUCCAGUUGAGGACUUAUUAUCAACAACCCACUCACUCCGCCGCCACGUGGAGCAAAAUAUCAAAAUCUUGGAAAACUACCGCGCUCGCUCUGCUCUCUCUCAAACGGUGGAGAAACUCGUCCCCCCUCCUUUGAAAGGCCCGAGGAACCCGGAGUCUGACUCUCCAAUGCAGGGAGAAGCGACGAGUAGUCCGACAAGACACCACAACGAACCACUCCGCUUCUCCGCACUCUCGGAAUGGACGUUGCUUAGCGGGGACUCGUUCUUCGAUGAGGAAGAAGAUUGGCUUGAGCCGGCGAGUGCGCCUUAUACGAAUUGGAAACCUACCAUACCAGCUGAUAUGGAUAUUACGUCGCAAAUACAAGGACCGACGCGACCAGCGAGACCAGACAUAGAGGUCGAUAUCGAUAAUAGGAUGAAAGAUGAAUUAACGGCACUGAUGAGAUACGAAGAGCUAUAUCUUGAGCCUCCGUCUUCCACGUUCUCGGAGCCGUCGUCUUCGAGUGAUACGAACAGCAGUGGCUCUUCUUCGGAUGAACUUGAGCGCGAUAAUAUGAAUCAUGUCAUUGUUCGCGAUCUUGAGGAGGAUGAGAGUAGAGAGGGAGGCAGGGGGCUCAUGGAGAUGAAGCAGGCGUUUGUGGAUCGGGUUAUGGAGGACUUUUAUCUCUCCGAGAAGGAGGAGGGGCAGAAUUUGAGUAGCUUGGUGCCGCCGGCCUUGAUGCUUGUUGCAGGCUCGCAGGCUACUUUGGUUUAAUGGAUGAGUGAGGACUGGGGAGGAUGUGACGGGUAUCACGUGAUGAAAUUUUCGCGAUGCAUUUUGAGGUUCACGGGAAGGCGUUUGUCCUUAUCAUGCAUGGGGUCGGAUCUUGUACUUGAUGUGUACACGACGGAACGAGUCAUGAUAUCUUGUAUAUUACAUCUUUAUAUACACUUUUACUUGCGAAAACUUUACAAUCUCCUCGGGGCUGACCCUCC